AUGAGCGCGAGUGACAUUAAGGAGGAACUCCCAGUUAAGCGUCGGGAGUGCGCGUGCGGUAGUGAAAGGUGUUUGAUAACAUACCUGAGCAAGCUCGACCGUUCUCUAUUGCCAGAGUUACGGUCAUAUCGGUACCGCCGUUGUGAAGCUUGCAAUUUGAAGUACGACAUAAUUUUGGGUGGCGCAGUCCCUACACUGGAGACUGUGGACAGUUCAGCAUCCCUUGAUCGCGGAAAUUCCAUGGGUGUUGAACCAGCGCACAUCGAAUCUCCCGUAUCUCGGAAGAGCUCUGAUGAGAUAGGGAUUGCAGCCUUGUGUGAUUACCCCGCUUCCGAGAAGGUCAGAAGGGAUACAUUGUCCAACCGGUUGUGGGCGGAUGAAGCUACUACAAGUAACUCUGGUGGUAGUGAAAGUUGCAAGGAUCCUGUAUAUUCGCCCGAUCGUUUGAAAAGCUUGGCAACGGAAAAUUCUGGCGAUCUUGGGAUUUCUGAAAACAACUUUGUAUUGGGUGGUGAUGAUAGUUCUGGCGAUUCGUAUGAGGUGGCAAGCCAUACCACAACGCGACAUGCGCCAUUAAAAAGCUGUAAUGCAUCGGGAAUCCGCGUAAAUUUGACUCCGUUCACGGUAACUACUGUGGAUCUCGAUACCGGCCGCACAACGACUACCAAAGUUGAACAUAUCGAGAUGGGCACUCGCACAAAAGGGUCCAAAACCCAACCAAAUACGCCUACAAAUGCUGAUAGGAUACCCGUGAAAGCGUCUACUGCAUCUGUUUCACCUUUGAGCCCUCAGCGAAAGGUGACCAUUCGUGCCAAGUUUAUAGGGUGUAGAAAGGUACCAGGCUACAAUGACGGAUGUGACGCUUCUCCUAGCGCCUCCUCAACGAAACAAACGCCCAAAGCAGCUGUAGUAUCAAACCAACCAAAUGUUGCGGCCCGUAAGACACCCUCUCGUCCGCGUGCUCCCGAGACACAUUCGUACAAGGAUAAUUACACUACUGCUACACGUCGCAGUUCUGUCAGCCCUCUCACUCCAUCUAAGAUCAAACAGCCAACAUUUGAUACGGCUCCCAGUUGGUCGGUCGACGAGAUGUUGUCUAAAUCGCGGCGCGCAAACUCACGUAUUGGUGGGUCCAGUGUAGCAGGACGAUCCGUUAAUCGACGUGGUUCCAAUUCAUUCAUUUAUAUGCGCCCCCGACCCCCGUGGUAUCCGAAACGCUCUGAUGGGCGCGGAGACGUCUAUGAUGUGCCGUCAUUGGAUGUUUCUUCAUCUGUUUCUCGGCAUAGGAGGCCAGCACCCAAGGGUAAAGCGAAAUCCGCUACAAAGUUGAGGACAAGUGAAUCGUCAUCUUCUUUAGUCGGUUCCAUUUACAACCGCAGGAUGGUGUCUCCUUGUUCAUCGAAGGUCGAGCGGAAGCGCGUCGAAACAAGCGAAGAGGGAGAAGAAAUUCCGAAAACAACUUUAAACAGGCUUGCAACUGGCGAACGAGUAUAUUGCACCUUCCGCGGCGUGAUUGUGCCGAAAAGUCGGUCUGGCGGUCAGCAGUCUACUAGACGCAUUGUUGAGCCUCGUGAUAGCUGCCGUGAACCCAUGACUAUGAGGUCGUCUCGCCGCAUGCCGGCGUCAAGCCCCGCCCGUGUAGAGAAUAUGUACGAAGAGUAUGUAAAUAUAAACUCAGACAGUGAAGGGACGUGUUACGCCUCCGAAAUGAGUUCGAAUGAAGACUGCAGUUGUGAGUGUUCGGUUGCCUCUAAGCGCGGCAGUAGCAACGAGGUUUGCCAAGUGAUAACUCGUGAGAAUGGUUGUCGCAGCAGGAUGGCAAUACAGCCGCACUGCGGAUCCGACCGAGUUCAACAAUAUGCCCAAUGUUGCGAAGACUCAACAUGCAGUCCAAGAGCUGAUUCGUAUGAGUGCGACUGCGCAUACACGAAGCCGUCACAUGGCAGCAGCAGAGUAUCCUCGCCGAGCGUAGUCGUCCACGUAUGUGAGCACUGCGCUGACCAGCCGGAUGGAACAGUAUGUUCAGCCGCAACUAACGCCAGCGCUAAUGGCUACUACAGCCCAAGCGCAUCUCCCAGUAACCCAUGGCGCCGAACAACGCCACCUGCUCCCAACGUCGUUUACCAAUACACGAAUUCAGGUGUUGUACUAGACAAUUAUUGA